AUAAUGGAGUCUUCCCAAAGAGUAAGUCGUCGUUGGUAAUAGUCGGGAACGUCCGGCUUGUAAUCCAACGGCGUGAGACUAGACUGAUUUUAAAAGAGUGGGGUUACAAUGAACGUCAACUUAAAGUCGUCCCAACCAAAAAGUCAUAAUUCCACUAUUAUUAUAUUAUUAUUUAGCACGUUCUUCCUUUAAUCCACUGUCCAUUUUAAGACGAAUUUUUCGCUGGGAUCAAACUAACUCUUUGGAAAAAUUUUAUAUUUUUUAUAAAACUUAAUAUUUUUGUGGGAAAUUAAGAUUAUUGAUAAUAAUAAUUGUGUUUAUAUCUAGUGUAAUAAAACAAUGAGUGUAAUCGAAAUAAUCGAAAUAAGUAGUGACGAAGAUGAUGAUGACACUUCUACAAUAGUAGAUCUUUCGCUUGGAAAAAAUGAGGAUAUUGAUGUGCAACAAUACUGUGAUGGUAGAAUAACAAAGACUCAGUCACAAUAUAAAGACGUUAAUAAUACAGAAAUUAUUGACUGUCAAUAUUUGAUAAAUAAACUAAUAUAUAGUAAUAUGAAGGUAAUUAACAGUCUCACUGAACAGAACAAAUUUUUAUCUUCCACCAAUGGCUUAAUUUCACAGGCUGAUGAUGACAAUUUAGAUUUGUAUGCUAAUAGAUAUGAAAAUAAGGUUGUAGAUUCGCUCAGUCAUAUAAAGAUUGUGAAAAUUGAAUCAUUGAAUGCACAAGAAAAUUUGACUGCGGAUAUCAUAGACAGUCAUAGUGAUGAAGAUGUACAGGAAGUAAUUCCUGACAGUAACAGACAAAAUUUGAGCAAUGGAAAUAUAAAUGAAAUAAACUUAAACAAUAUUGAAGAAACAACAAAUGAUAUUUGUCAUCAAGAAUCAGCUAAUGUGAUUGAAACUUCAAUUGAAAAUAAGUUUCCAUUUUUUAAAUGGAAAGAUUUGAAAGAAAUUUCAAAUAAUAAACUCCAAACUAAAAUCAUUUCUAAUCAUACAUCAAAAAUAUUAAAACAAUGUUUUCCUUUGGUUCGACUUGAAAGGAUCUCUGUACCUGAAUCCAAUAUUAUUUCUUCAAGUAACGCAAAAAACAUCGCAAUUUCUUCAAGUAACACAGAAAACGAUAUGAUUCCUGUAAGUAUCGCAGAAAACAAUAAAAUUCCUCCAAGUAACACAGAAACUGAUAUAAUUUCUGGAAAUACCAAAAAAAACAAUAUUAUUUCUUCAAGUAAUACAGAAAACAUCGCAAUUUCUUCAAGUAACGCAGAAAACGAUAUGAUUCUUGUAAGUAUCGCAGAAAACAAUAAAAUUCCUCCAAGUAACACAGAAACUGAUAUAAUUUCUGGAAAUACCAAAAAAAACAACAUAAUUUCUUCAAGUAACACAGAAAAUAAAAUAAUUUUUUCAAAUAACGCAAAAAAAUAUAAUUGCAAAAAGUGUAACCGCUUUUUUGCUUCAUUGGAAAAAUUAAAAUCCCAUAAACAGUAUCGUCACAAGGGAAGAUUGCGUUACAAGUGUGAACAAUGUGAUUAUGCAAGUAAUCAAAAAUCGGAUGUUAUACAUCAUAAUAGACAACAUACUGGAGAAUGUCCAUAUCAGUGUUUUUAUUGUUUGUUUACUUUUAAGUACAGACCAUCUUUUAAAUCACAUCUGUUUAUUCAUAUUGAUAAAAAUUUAUCAUGUGAUAUUUGUCAUGAGAAAUUCACAAAAGAUAAUUUACUAAUAACGCACAUGAUUUAUUAUCAUUCGUUUUCACCAUCUGUUAAGGCGCGGCAAUGUAAAAUUUGUCGAGAAUUAUUCCCAGAUCGAUAUAGUUUGAAGAUUCACAUUGAAACCCAUAAAAAUGGAAGUUUAUUUAAAUGUCAUAUUUGUUGUUAUACAACAAAAUUAUUACGAAAUAUAUGGAAACACGUAAACAACCACGUAAACAAUAGAUUUAUUUGUAAUGAUUGCGGUAGAUCACUUAAAAAUAAAAAUGGAUUGACAGAACAUUGGUAUUUACGUCAUAAUUUUGCUAAUUAGUUAAGAGUAUAUUAUAAAUGUACUCAUUGCUAUAAUCGUAUUACUCAUUUACGAUAUAACCAUUUUAUUCGCCACGUUAUUGAUAUUCAUGGCGUAGAAUAUCUGGAUAAAAUGUAGCUGUUUAAGAUUUACUCAAAAAUUUUUAUAGAUGUAACCGGCUGAUUUAAAUUCAUAAAUAAUAUCAGUUUUGAAUUUUUUUUACUUCGAAGUCACAGUCUAAAGAAAAUUUUGAAAAAAUUUAGUUGAUAAUUAAAAAAAAAAAUGAAAA